UAUAAUGGAAGAAAUCAUUCCUACUCAUGGACACAUCGAUUACGAAAAAGAGACAGGCAACAGAGGGAACAGUGGUUUUCAACCAGUUCAUCGUCAUUCAGUUUAAUUUCGUUACAAUCUUCACUUCAAAAUAUCAGUUCAACUUCGUUACAAUCUACACUUCCCGAUGUUUCUGUCAAUACAGUGGCACCAUGUACUCCAAUAAUGGAAACUUCGAUUAAUUCCUUGUGGAAUAGUGAUGCCGAAAAUGAAAAUGAUCAUCGUAGUCAGGAACAAAAGGCUUCAAAUAAAAAUGCUUUGAGAGAAGAGCUAGCAUACUGGGCAAUUAAGAAUGGCAUCACAAUUAGCUCACUUACUCAACUUUUGAAGAUCUUAGCACCUAAAAUUGGCAUUCCUCUACCUAUAGAUGGACGAACUAUUCUUCAAACACCCGCCAAGAAAGUAAGCAUACGAGAAAUGGAUGAUGGUUUCUUUUUUUAUUUUGGUGUUGAAAAAUCGUUGAAAAAACUGAUAGCAGCCAAACGUGUCGUCAAUUCGGAUAUAAUAUUGGAUUUUAAUGUUGAUGGAGUUUCAAUUUCAAAAAGCAACAAUCAAGCUUUAUGGCCGAUUUUGUGCAAAGUGGAGGGAGUAGUUUUUGUUGUAGCAUUGUACUUGGGAAAAUCUAAACCAAACUCGAGUAAACAUUUUUUUCGUGAUUUUGUAACUGAAUGUAAUAAGCUUAUCACUGAAAACUUAGUUUUUGAAAACAAAAUGUACACCUUCAAAGUCCGUAAUUUCAUAGCAGACGCACCCGCGAAGAGCUUUGCUCUAAACAUCAAAGGACAUGCUGGUUAUAAUUCUUGCCUUCGAUGUGACGUUAAAGGCCAUCACUUGAAGAAACGCACCACAUUUUAUGUCAAUUCGUCAAGAUUGAAUACAUUGAAAAUCAGAAAUAAAAAGCUCUUUAGAAAACGAAAAUAUGAUAAGCUUCAAAAUGGUAGUACUCCGUUAUCCAAAUUGAAAGGAUUCGAUCCAAUAUUCAACACACCAUAUGACUACUUACAUUUGAUCUGUCUUGGUGUGAUGAAAACUCUCAUUCACUUCUGGAUUGGAGCAAAAAAAAAAAGGUUUGCACAUUCUCUCAACUAUAUCGAAAUAAUAAAGGUAUCAAAGAGGUUGAGUACUUAUAGAAAAUUUUGCCCUAGAGAAUUUCAAAGAAGGACCAGAUCUUUAGACGAAGUGGCAUACUGGAAGGCAGUUGAGUUUCGUAUGGUGAUUUUGUAUGUUGGAAUAGUGGCAUUUCAGGGAAUACUUCACACACGCGCAUACAGACAUUUUCUUCUAUUAAAUUUUGCGAUGCGAUGUUAUAGUGUAGAUCAAUACUUGAAUUAUUCAGAUGAAGCAAAAACUGCCUUGGAAAAAUUUGUUCGGUUAUAUUCAAAACUUUAUGGAAGAGAAUCAAUCUCGCAUAAUAUUCACGCAUUACUGCAUGUUCCUGCUGAUGUUAGAUUACAUGGACCUGUCGAUAAUUUCUCCGCAUUUGUGUUCGAAAGUUACAUGAAAGUACUUAAAGAAAUGGUACGAACUGGCCCUAACGCAUUGCAACAGCUCGUAAAUCGAAUCACUGAAGGUGAGCAGCUUUUAAAACCACUCACAUCCUCCUGUACUAUGCAGACGUUGGGCAGAGAAAGGAAAUCCAUGGCGAAAGAUGCAUCUACUUUUCCAUUUCCUAUUAAUAUUCCUCAAAAUGAGUACACGUCAUAUAAGUCUGUGAAGAUAGAGGAUAGCUUUAUUUCAGCUUGUAGAUUCUGUGAUGGUGUCAUCUUUUUAGAUACUAGGGAAAUCAUGGUUGUCGAAAACAUCAUUAAACACAAGAUCAGUAACCAGCUUUUUCUUGUUGGGAGGCAGUUCCAGUCUAUCAAGGAAUAUUAUAGUUUUCCGCAUUCUUCGAUUGAAGUGGGAGUGUUCAAAGUUUCAAAUUUAUCAACUGAACUUUUCAUUCAUCCAAUUAUUGCUUUUGCUAAAAAAGCAUUUAUGCUACCUACAGAUACUGCAUCGACAUAUGCGGCAAUGGAGAUGUUACAUUGUCCAUCAUUACCAUCACGCCAAUAACACCAUGUUA